GUGUAUUUGAAGAAUAAGCUGUGGACAAAAGAAGAUGAAGAUGAAUAUGCAAAGUGGAGGAGUGAGUUUGAGUGUGUUGACGUUAAUAAUAUUGUCAUCAUCAAGAGAGGGUAUGGCAGAAAUAGUGACGUAUGUAUUUGGGGAUUCACUGACAGAGGUGGGAAACAAUAACUAUAUGCAGUAUUCUCUGGCGAGGUCCAACUAUCCCUGGUAUGGCAUUGACUAUUCUGGAGGCCAACCUACUGGGAGAUUCACUAAUGGCAGAACUAUUGGUGAUAUCAUCUCAGAAAAGCUGGGAAUCUCAUCACCGCCACCUUAUUUGUCAUUGUCUCCAAAUGAUGAUGCUUUCCUUAAAGGCGUUAACUUUGCUUCUGGAGGAGCUGGCAUCCUCAAUGAUACUGGCCUUUAUUUCAUUCAGAGGCUGUCUUUUGACGACCAGAUCAAUUGUUUCAACAAAAGCAAAGAAAUCAUGAAGGCAAAAGUUGGCCAAGAAGCCGCCAACAAGCUUUGCAAUGAAGCCUUGUACUUUAUUGGGAUCGGGAGCAAUGACUACGUGAACAAUUUCUUGCAGCCAUUUCUCGCUGAUGGUCAACAAUACACCCACGAUGAGUUCGUUGAGCUUCUGAUAUCAACUUUAGAUCAACAACUAACGAGACUGUAUGAGCUCGGAGCAAGAAAAAUAGUGUUCCAUGGACUUGGCCCUCUGGGGUGCAUUCCUUCUCAGAGGGUGAAAUCUAGAAGAGGACAAUGCUUGAAGCGAGUCAAUGAUUGGGUCAUGGAGUUCAACUCCAGAGUACAGAAUCUAAUCCACACUCUCAACCAUCGCCUUCCUAGUGCAAAACUCGCAUUUGCAGACACGUACCCUUUAGUUCUGGAUUUGAUCAAUAACCCAAGUGCAUAUGGUUUUAAGGUUUCAAAUACUUCUUGUUGCAAUGUGGACACAAGCAUAGGAGGGUUAUGCUUGCCAAACUCCAAGUUAUGCAGGAACAGAAGAGAUUAUGUGUUUUGGGAUGCAUUUCAUCCUUCAGAUGCAGCAAAUGUUGUGCUAGCUGACAAGUUUUUCUCAUCCCUUUUUUCAUCUGCUCCCUCAGCAGCACCAGGGCCAGCCCCCCAAGUUUUGUAACCCACAAACAUAAACAGUGAUGUUAAUUGUAUUGUUUAACUUCAUGACAGCAUAUAAAGUUGCUUCUCUGAUUAUGAGUCA